AUAGUACAAGUUCUUCUCUUUAAUUCUGGGAAUUGUUUUCCUCUGCGAUUGAAGCAUUCAACGACGAUGAUGCACAUGACCUUUUACUGGAGCCGGCAGGUGACUCUCUUGUUCAGUUCAUGGCGGACCGAUUCGUGGCCGAGUUACUUGUUGACUCUCCUAGCUUGUGUUCUGGCUUCCGUUUUCUACCAGUACCUGGAGCACGCGAGGUACAUCGUGAGGCACGGCGGGAAUCCGGCGGCGGAAGAGCCGUUGUUGUCGAACCGGUCCGGAGUAGGUAAGCGGUCGGGGAGGAAGAUCGCCGACGGGUUGCUGUUCGGGUUGAGCUCGGGUUUGGGGUAUCUCUUGAUGCUGGAGAUCAUGUCGUUCAACGGAGGCGUGUUCGUGGCCGUCGUUUUGGGGUUGUCGAUUGGGUAUUUAGGGUUUCGGAGCGACGACGACGACGGAAUCGGCGGCGUUAACAGCACUUGUGCCUGUGCCUGAUUACAAUGGAUGAAAUUAAAUUUGAUUUGGGAUUUGGGAGUUAGGAUUUGAAUGAUCAUUUAUGUAAACUUGUGUAAUUAUAACGAUGUUAAAUAUUUGAGAAUUAUCAUUAAAUAAA